AUGAUCGUCGCACGAUUGGCCGUGCGACCUAGCGCAGUUGCGCGCACCGCAGAGUCGGCGCACAGCAUAGCAGGUCGCCAGCCAGCGAAUUCCUUCUUGUCAUCUCGUUUUCUUCGUUUACCUCAGCGACCCUCCCCCUUCUCGACUUCCCUUCCUACCUACUGCGCGAAUCAUAAAACCCCCAACACACCCAACGCAAACGCCUCCCCCAACCAGCAAACUGACAAAGCCGGUUCAGAUCGCUACUCGAGCGCUCUGCGCCAAAACAAGGAAUGGGCCGCCCAGACCGCACGCGAGCAUCCUGACCUCUUCCCUACCCUCGCGACCGGCCAGCAGCCCCAAAUUCUGUGGCUGGGUUGCUCUGACUCCCGCUGCCCGGAGACCACCCUCCUGGGUCUGAAGCCCGGUGAUGUCUUCGUGCACCGCAACAUCGCCAACAUCCUACACCCCGGAGAUCUCAGCUCAGGCGCUGUUAUCGAAUAUGCCGUGCAGUAUCUCCGUGUGAACCACAUUGUGGUUUGCGGCCACACAGCCUGUGGCGGUGUCGCUGCCGCUAUGGGUAACAAGCAACUUGGCAUUCUGGACCCGUGGCUGCUUCCCUUGCGUCAGAUCCGCGAGCGCAACCUCGCUGAGCUGCAGGGCCUUUCCGACGAGGAUGCGGCAUUGAAACUCGUGGAGCUGAAUGUCCGUGAGGGUCUGGACGUCGUUAAGCAGAAGGGUGCUGUUCUUGGUGCCAUUCAAGAGCGUGGGCUGCAGGUCCACGGCCUUAUCUACGACGUUGGCUCUGGUGUUCUGCGCGAGUUGGACACCCAGGAUUCUGAGGAGGUUAUCAAGUCUCGGUUGACUGCCUUCGCCGUUCAGGCGUAG